AUGUCUUCACCAGCGAGAACAACUCGUGCAGCAACAUUUACAGCUGUAUCAUCUUCACCAAAUAUUACAAUUACUGAUGUUCAAGAUGAUUUUCAAGCAUUUCAAAUGCGUCCAGUUAUACGUGAUUUUAAAUUAUCUGCUGAAUUAUUUGCAUCCAAUGGCGAUAUUGUAUUAAUAUGUGGAAAAAGUAAUCAAGAAAGACAAGGCAUGUUAUUAGUAUCAUAUGAAAUUCCAUCAGCAACAGCAUCAUUAUCAGCACCUAUACGAUUACUUAAAGUAAUUAGAUUAACAAAACGAAGUGUUACACAACUUGAAACAAUACCAAUAUUAAAACUAGCUUUAUUAUUAGGUGAUGGAAUUGUUAGUUUACUUGAUAUUGAUUCACUUGUUGAAAUCACUGCUGUACCAACUACUAAUAUUACUUUAUUUUCAACUUGGUAA